CCAAUUCUGUACAAGAGAUAAUUAACCUCUUGCACUCUGCGGUGAGAAGGAAAUUAUCUCGGAAAAUUAAAAAGUUCGAGUCAUUCCAGUCAAUGACGAGUGUUCAUUCAUGAAGAAAUAAAAUUACUACUCGAUUCAGACAGCGCCUGACGAUCAGCUGUUCCAUCGCGACACCAAAAUUCAAAAUAAAAAAAUUAAAAGUCAUACAAUUGCCUUCACGGACAGUAAAAAGUCGUUAUGAAUUUAUUGACGCGAUGAUUCUCCAUUCGAUAUGAAAAAAAAUGACACUAAAUUUGAAAAACUUCAGGUUACGAGCCCGUGAUGAGUGAUAAAAUUCAGAAAUAGAUAUCGUUUUUUUUUUGUUCUCAGUCAUUUUUCUCAAGUGUUUUCACAUUAAUUCGAUAGUGGAUGAAACGGACGGGCUUCCGAUAAUCUUACGAUCGAUUAUGAUUUUUACCCGCCGACGGGGGCGAUGACGUGGUUCGGGCAACUAACGAUUUAUCGGAAUUAUCGGAAUUUUUUUGUUUACUAGAUUUGGAAUUUUCUAAUCGACAUAAAUAUGGUGAUAACCAGAAGGUGGGGCACAGUGCCUCUUCGACGAGCCUUGACGUUGACAUUCCAGAAUUUUGCCUGUCGUCGAGCGAUGGUGAACAAUAUCUGGUGUCGCAAAUUAUCGCACAUCUGGCACCAGAAGGUCCCAGAUCCGCACGCCCGGGCCUUCUCCGAGCCCAGAUGGAGUUCCCAUGUAUCCGGAUGGUACCUCGGCUACCGUUGGCUCAUCAGCCUCACCUGGAUGACGAUAAUAAUUUGCUCCAUCUUCGAGGUGGGGAGUGUCAAGCCCCUGGGGAAGUCCCACCUCUGGCCAAUUUACCUGACCAACUGGGAUCUCGCCCUGGGCUUCAUCCAGUCCCUUCUGGGUCUUCUCCUCGUCAUUAGGAGGUGGCGAUUCCAGAAGAGCCAGGAGUUCGACGCUGUGACUUUGAAAUUGGGAGGCGUCGAGAGGAUUUACUGGUUUCUCUACACAAUCACCUCGAGUCUUGCCCUCGGUGUCACUGGCACCUACUGGGCAACCGUUUACAAUCCCAAAAUUCACCAGGUCGAUCUCCUCAAUAUUCUGCUGCAUGUCUGCAACAGUUUUCUCAUGAUCGUCGAUAUUGUCGUUACCAGGGUACCUCUCAGGCUCAGGCACUGCUGGUGGUGUCUCGUCGUUGUCUCUUGCUAUCUCAUGUUCACGAUUAUUUAUUAUUCAGCUGGAGGGCUGGAUAAACAGGGAAAUCCGAGGAUUUAUGCAGUCCUCGAUUGGGCGAAACCAGGAAAAACCAUUCUCGUGUGUCUCGGGGGACUCACUUUUCUCGUCAUUAUCCACUGCCUUUUGUGUUAUAUCGUGAGUCUCAGGGACCGACUCUAUGAGCGCAGCCAGCAGUACCUCAAGGAGCAAUCCGAUCCUGGCAAUCAGCAGCCUCUCAAGGUCAAGACCUCGGAGGUCGUUUGAGACUUGAGGUUUUGGGAAUGCAGUCCUUUCCAGGAAGAUUUUGCUGCUCGUGAAAUUCUCCGUUAAAAAAUUCAAAUAUCACUUUUUGUACACCGAAUUUUUUUAUGACUUUUGUCAAUUUAUUGGGGAAAAGCUUUUUUUUCUGAUUGAAAAAUCGGACUAGGGUAAAUAUUUAUUUAUGAUGAUAGGAGCUCCUGGAUGUGGAGUAGGUGUAGAGGUUUGUGCAGUUUUUUAGUUGUAAAAUAAUAUCUAAAUCAUUUGGCAAUGUCAUAUGUUUUCAUUUCCUCCGUAUUUAUGCUCAGCUGAUUAUAUUCCAUGAUAGUUAAUCCUUAAUCCCAAAUGAAUAGGGGUCGGCCAUUAUUUUUUAUUAGUGGUAUUAACUAGUUGAUAGAAUCAUUAAUUGAGUGAGUGAUUUGAGGGCGAUUGAAGGUAGAAAUUACCGUAGAAGUAUUCCACAUAAUUAUUUUCUGGUCAGGGAACAGUCUCGAUGUUAUUCCGAUGUUUUCUGUUAAUGAAAGAAUAUGUACAAUUGUAAAUUACUAUUCAGUCUGAAUAAAUGAUGUUCGUACCCACGAAUUAUACUUUAUGUUACACAAUUUA